GUUCUCAAAUUCGGGAGAAAAAUAAAAUGAAAACAAAUUAAAACCCAUUUUAAGUGUUUUAAAUUGCAAAUCUUACAAAAAAAUUUUAUUCAAAGUUUUUAUAAGUGAGUGCUUUAUGUUUUCCACUAUUUUUAUGGGUGUAAGAUUUCGAAUUUAUAGAUGAAUUUUGAAGAAAAAGUCAUGCUAUAGGAUUAUAUAUAGCAGAAAAAGCGCCCUCUAUAUAAUAUAUUGAAUUACAUACAACAUAGCUUACACAAAUUUUUAUUUAAACACUGUUUAAUAGAAAACGACUGUAUUAACUACUUAAAUAUGUUUUAAAAAGUGAAAUAUAGUGAAUAAAUUACGUGAAAUUGAAUAUAAAAAUUGCUAAAAUAGUUAGCAAAAUUCUAAAAAGAAAGAAAAAUAUUGAUAGGAUAUAUUAAUAUCAAAGGAACCAGCCAUUACAGAGUAAAUAUAUAGAAAAUCAAAAUAUGAGUAAUAAAAGUUGGUGCAAUACUAGUGAGAUAAACAUGAGCAGUUUAAGGCUUUUCACAAUUUCGCUGAUUUUUCUGUCGCUAUGGACAACUGGAGUGUUAGCAAAUGAUCAGAGAUCAAAAAUAAGCGCUUUAUCAGAUUCAACGGCUGAAAAAUUGCAACAAAAUAAAUAUAAUAAUAACAAAGAUAUUUAUAUCGAUAAUGAUGAUGAAUUUGAAGGAAGUGGUCGAAAAGGCGAGGUUCACGAUGCUUUAGAGAACGAAAAUGAUGACAUUGACGGGUCAGGAUCAGGUUAUGGUGGCGAUGAUGAAGAUGACGAUAUCCCAACAUCAUCUAAAGACAAACCGCACAUAAAACUAGAUUCUCCUACAAACAAUCUACAUCAUUCAGUUGGCGGUGGAGAAACAAGAAGAAAGGAUAACGAUUUCACAAGUAAAGGAUCAGAAACGUUUGAAACCAACCCAACAAAUCACGUUCCAGAAUCACCAACCGAUACAAGUAGUGGCUCUGAUAAUGUAUUAAUAAUGAAUACAUCUAAUGAAGAUCGCACAACGAGCUUUUUCGCUCAACCUGGAAUUCUAGCAGCUGUCAUUGGAGGAGCCGUUGUAGGCUUGUUAUUUGCCAUUUUAGUUGUGAUGUUUAUCGUAUAUCGUAUGCGAAAGAAGGAUGAAGGUUCAUAUGCACUAGAUGAGCCACAAAAAAGAUCGCCACAAAAUAAUUCAUAUACUAAAAAUCAUAAUAAUCGGGAGUUUUAUGCAUGAAACGUAGACGAUUCUCGGUACUAAGAGUAUUUACAUAAAUCAAAGAAUUAAAAAUUUACACGUUUGCAAGCGUUAGAAAAUACGCCUAGCAGUUGAAUGUAUUCAGGAUAAGAAUUAAUUAGACGGUUGAAGUCUCUUAACAAGCUCCUUUUUUUUGAUUAAGAAUGAAAGUUUUGCUGACUUUUCUAAAAAAAAUAUAUAAUGUACGAAAAAAAAAUAAUUAUAGAAUUAAUACAAAGAUAAAAAAAAAACUUUCUUUGCAGUAAAUUCAUUGCUGCAUUAGCUGUUUUAUCUGAAGUUAUUUAAAUAACGAUGCAAGUGGUAAUACAUAAACUAGAAAAUUAUAUCUAAUGAUAAUCAGUUUUAAAAAAUGGAAUAUCUUUAAUACGAGAAGAAUUAUUAUGAAAAUGAUGAGAAAAAUUGUCAUAUUAGAUUUUUAAGGAAUAUUGUUUUAAUGGGGAUAAUUUUCUACUAGUUACAUAUAUAUUAUAAGUAAUAUAUACAGAACUUCGAGAUUGAUGAUUCUCGAUUCAAGAGAAGAAUUCAAUUAAUAAAAAAAAAUUAAAUUUAAAUCAAAAAUGAAGAAAAGAUUCGGGAUAGGAAAGGUUUAAGAGUGUAUUAAUAAUGAGAUAAGAGUAAUACUAGAUGCUACUUAUGCUGCAUCACUUUUCAAUUCAAAGGUUGGCUUCUAACGACUAUAACAAUUUAAUUAUAAUCGCUAAUAUUUUUAUUUAAUUGAAAAGUCCAUUAUGAGCAAAUUAAAUUACGUAUUCUCCGUCGUAAUUUGGAGAAGCAGUUGUCCUUAAUUUUCGCCCAAAAAUAUAAGAAACAAAUUUCAAUCUUUUUACUGUGCAUUACAUUUUGUUUUUUUACGACUUCUGUUUAAUUUUUCUUAACUUUUUACACUGAUCGAUCAAAAAAAGAGGCUUGCUAUCUUUAAGUUAUGCUUAAUUUAAAAAAUGGCAACUUAAUGAUAGCAAUUUUUUUUAAAACCCAAAUGAAAAAAUACUUUUCUGAAUAAUCUAGUUGAUCAUGAAAUUUGGAAUUAAAUAUCUGAUUAUUUAUGAAAAACAAGAAAAUAAUUAAUGAGUCUAUCGAACGAAAACUUUGAUUUGGGUAGAAUUUUGUUACUCGUGCUGAAUUACUAUCCUAGUACCUUUAAAAUAAAGAAAAUAUGACAAAAUAAUGCAGAAUAAAAAAAUUAAUGUAAUACAUAGAUAAAGUAACGUUUGAAUCUUGUACACAUAUAGAAAACUUUUGGAAGAUUUUCUUCUUAAGGAGAUGGAGAUUCUUUUUUUGGAAUGUGCAAGUUUUAAAAAGCACUAAAUGGAAUAGUAAACUAAUUCCUGGUAUAAUGUAAAAGAAUCAAAAUUUUACAACAUUGGUUUUCCAUUUCCGUAACUGAAGAAAUAUCAGCAAAAUUAAUUUCAUUCAUAAAUUUCAUAAAAACGAUAAAAACUAAAUUUUUGUUCUUAUAUUUUAAAGAAAUCCUGUGGCAGAAAAAAUAAUUAAUUUAAAUGCAAAAAACUAUGCAUUUGCAUAGAAGAAGAGAAAAGAACAUAAAAUAUGUAAAGACUGAAGCAUCUAAAGAUUUAUAUUUAUGAUGUCCAAAAUGUUUUCUUUAUUUAAAACAAAAAAUAAGGGCUUUUAAUUGCACAUUAUUAAUUUUAUAAUUACCAAAUAAACAAUUCUUCCAAAAUAACAUGAAAUAUUUAUAAUUUAAAGCACUUUAUCUUUUUUUUAAAACACAGGUUCUAAUAUGAUAACGAACAAAUUCUUUCCAACUUUUUAUUAAAUGCUCAAUAGCUAAAACAUUUUUUUAUAAUGUGGUAUUUUACUUCAGUAAUAAACUUUAUUUGCUUAUUUUUACAUUCAGUGUCCAUUAUAACUGAAUCUGUGUAAUAUGAUAAAUUUAAUGGACUAAAAUCUAUUUAAAAUAUUUUUUUGAAAGAAAAAAAUUUAAAAGUCAAAAAUACGUAUACAUUUUUAGCUUUUUAAUGGACGUGCCGUUUUUGUUUAAAUGCAUUACAUUAAGUAUCUCAAAAUUCCUCACUUGUUCAAUAGUGUAGUUCUAGUUGAUUUAAAUAUAUCACAUUAUAAGUAUUUAUAGUUUAAGUGCCAUCCAAACUGCAGCUACAAGAGAAGAAAAUAUUCAGUUUUAGGACAUUCCGAAAUGCAUUUUUGAUUUUUGUCUCAUAUAUAAUCUCAAUGGAUUAAUAAGCUAAAAUGAAAAAUGGAAGAUUUUGGAAUAUAAUAUUUUAUAUAAAAUAAAAGUAAAAGCAAUUGCUAAGUUCAACCAAUUAAGAAACUAAAAAUUCUCAUUUAUAGACGAUUUUUUUGUCUUCGUUUUGCUUUCUUUUCCUUACCAAAACUCAAUUUUUUUUACAAAAAAUAAAUUCAAACAUAUAUUGCAUAUAAAAGUAAUGAAAAUUAACAAAUAUUAAUAAUAAUGAAGUAAUUAAUAAAUUAUGCUUGAUCUGAAAUGUUUAAAAAUUAUUUUCAAUAAUGUACAAGCAUAGGAAAAUAUGAAUCGUUGUACAUAAUUCAAAAAAAGAAAACCCUUAAUAAAAACCAUUUAAUGAAAUCAAAAAUUGAUCUGUAAAUUCUUAUUUUAAAUAUUCUAUCUCAAAAUCGUCUUCACUGAUAACUUUGUACUUAACAUUUCUAUAAGAUGUAAAAUGUUUUAAUCGACUAUGAUGAGCAUGAGCAUGCAUUUUGACUAUACAUGACAUGAUUGGACUUAUGCUAGCCUUUUGUGACAGCUUAUUGUAAUAUUCAAGUUGUGCAUCGUGUUUAUGUCCUAAAUAAUGACCCUUCCUGGAACUCAAUCCUUUGUCCCAUCUCUGCUGUAAAUCUGAAUCCAUUUCUUUUAACAUUUCAUCUUUUGAGGGUAAAUUUUUCUUUCCCAUCAUAAAGGUCAAGCAAAAUUCGACUUGAAGUUGAAACAUUUGGUUAGGACAUAUGAGAUUUGGAAGGCCUAUAAAUCCUAAAGAUGGAUUAUUUAUGCAUAAACAAUGCAUCCAAAGUGGUUUUACAUAAUCUCCUCCCAACACACCCGAAUCAAUUGACAAAAACGGAUAAGAAUACAAAUAUCCAGUAGCGUAGAUGAUUAAGGAACAUUCAGCAAACGUCCCAUCUGAAAAUUUCACACCGUCCGAUACUAUUUCUAAUAUAUCAGACUUCUCUUCAACAUUUCUUUCAAAUUGUGUCAUAUCAGGUGAAGGACUUAAGUGAUGUGACCAUAUUGUUGACUUUGAAUUUUUAGAACUUUCAAUGACUAAAUCUACAGCACUAUUAUUUCCACCAACAAUUAGUGUCCUUUCAUUAUUGAAAAUUUUUGAGGAUCGAUAAGUAUGAGAGUGCAUUAUGUUUCCUUUAAAUAUUUCUUGACCCUUACUUUUAGGGAUGUAUGGUGUAUGGAAAUGACCACUACAUACCAAAACUGAAUCAAAAAUAUAUGUCACAAACAUAUCUCUUGGUAAGUUUUUUACAAUAACCUCCCACUUAUCGUUUGAAAGAGGUCUAAUCCGAAAUACAUGAUGUUCAAACUUAAUAUGACUUUCCAAAUUAAAUUUCUGUGCAUAUCUAAUAUAGUAGUUUAAAACUACUGCUGACGAAACAAAUGACUCAUGUUGCUUCGGAAAAGGUUCAUUAGGAUAGCACAUUACUUCAAUUGGAAGGUUUGUUACCAAAUUUUCAUACAUGCUUGAAUGUAUAUCUAAUCCAUAGUCAUCUUUGUCAGUUUUAUCAGUAUAAUUCCACAAUCCUCCCACUAAUUUUGUCUGUUCAAAUGCUACAACUUCACAUCCAUAUUCAACAGCAUUUUUAAGCGCACAUAAUCCAGAAGCGCCAGCUCCAAUAAUUGCUAAUUUAAUCUUUUUCAUGACAAUUUUGAUUUGUCUACUUUCUUAAAAUUUUAAGUCUCAUGAGAUUUUUGUCUGGAAAUAACUGGACUUAAGUGAGCUGUUUUCUUAAAAUAUGUCAUAUAAUAGCAUUUUUGACGUCUUGAGUAAAGCGUUAAUUUUUUUAGGAAGAAAAUUUAUUGAUAAUAUUAUCUUAAUUAAUGAAUAAUGUCUAUUUCAUAAAUAGAUAAAAAUUUUAAAGACACCGCGAUUAAAAAAAAUGCGUUUUUGUCAAAUCGCUUUGAUAUUAUGUCAACUUCCACAUUCUUAUUAAAAAUAUUUCAAUUAAUGCUGAAUGCCUGACUACGUGAUUGCGUAGUUUUUUCGCUCACUUAUGAAAAACUUCAGAAUUCUGAACAUACAAUGAGCAUACUCAGAGCAUAUUAUUUUUAAGCUUACUAGUUCUUAUGAGAAUGUCCUCAUUUUCAUACAUUAAAUGAUGCGAUCAUAACA